GACGGCGGGGGUGGCUGGCCAACGGGCAACGGGAAAGGUCCAAAAAAGAGCGGUGUCCGGGUGUUCCACGGGAACGAAGGAGGAAGGUGCCUCGCUUUUCCAACCCCCGACCCCCCUCCCCCGUGCGGCGCUCCCACGCUGAGUCGCUGACCACUGCCUCGUCCUCCCCCCACGUUUCGCGCCAUCUCGUCUCCUCUCGCAUCCUCCUCCCUCGUCGCGCGCUACGCUACCCCAGCGGCCCACUCGAGUCGGAUCGCGCGCAGGGGGGACGGCAUGGCCGGCGACGACGGAAGCAGCGGGGGCGCGGGCGGGGGAAGGGGCAGCACGGAAGAUGAGGUCCAGAUACAGAUCGCAGACGCACGUCGUUGGGCUGUGUUCGAUGAAUUGCGCACGAGGUGUUCGACGAAUUGCCUGCCGGUGAUCAUCCAAACCUGAAACUUCUUCCACUAACGAAACAGAUCCUCAGAGCUCUCCUGCCAAGCAUUGGCAUUGGUGGUUGAUGGUUGUUCUAAACAUUUUCUUCCUCAUUGCUGGUCAGACAGCAUCAACACUCCUUGGGAGGUUCUACUACAACCAAGGUGGAAAUAGCAAGUGGAUGUCCACAUUUGUCCAAACUGCUGGCUUUCCUGUGCUAUUCAUCGCCCUAUAUCUGUUCCGUUCAAAAUCUACACAAACAGCCACCGCUAGCCCUGAGACUUCUGGCACCAAAAUUACUCUGAUAUAUAUUGCCUUGGGGCUCAUCAUUGCUGCAGACGACUUGAUGUAUUCCUAUGGCCUAUUAUACCUUCCUGUAUCAACAUAUUCGCUCAUAUGUGCUAGUCAGCUGGCCUUCAAUGCUGUCUUCUCAUAUUUCCUCAAUGCUCAAAAGUUCACUGCACUGAUUUUCAACUCUGUAGUCCUCCUUACCUUCUCUGCUGCACUUCUUGGAGUUGAUGAAGAUUCUCAGGGUACCAAUGGUUUAUCGCAUGGGAAGUACAUAUUGGGUUUCGUGUUGACGCUUGGAGCAUCAGCCACAUACUCCCUGAUUCUCUCUUUGAUGCAAGUUACAUUUGAGAAGGUUAUUAAGAGGGAGACUUUCUCAGUCGUCUUGAACAUGCAAAUAUAUACAGCACUUGUGGCAACAAUAGCUUCUCUUAUCGGGUUAUUUGCAAGUGGUGAAUGGAAGACUUUAGAGGGAGAGAUGCAUGCCUUCGGCUCAGGGAAGCUGUCCUAUGUGAUGACACUUCUGUGGACUGCUAUAUCAUGGCAGAUAGCUUCCGUUGGAGUGGUCGGUUUGAUCUUUGUGGUGUCAUCACUCUUUUCAAAUGUGAUAAGCACACUAGCUCUACCCAUCAUUCCAGUUUUUGCUGUGAUUUUCUUCCACGACAAGAUGGAUGGAGUGAAGAUUAUUGCUAUGUUGAUGGCCAUCUGGGGAUUUAUUUCAUAUGGCUACCAGUUAUAUGUUAAUGACAAGAAAGCUAGGAAGACUUCAGUUAGUGUGGAGGAGAGUUCAUAAGUGCUUGUUACAUUGUUCCCCACUGCCAAUAUAAGUUGUUGGCACUGAGUGAGGUACUAGUUAUUGUAGCCAAAAAAGGCUCAAUCUAAUGUUGCACAAUUCUUAGGUAUAUACCUCUAUUAGUUCCUAUGUACGGUUGUAUCAUUCCAAAAAAUAAGAAGAUGAUAAUAUUUUCAGACACAUGUGCUCUAUAAGUUUCUCA